AUGGCAAGCCACAAUGAUCACAAUAUCGAUCGCGAUGUCGUCACGGGCAAUGCUGGCGACCAAACGCCAAGUCAAGCAACAAGAUCUUCCACGCCGUCUUCGACACCCAGGUCGACAUCAUCUCCGAUCUCUGCUCGAGACUACGAGUCGAGUGCACUUGCUCGGAGCGAAGUUGUGAUUUGGUCUUUCGAGGAUUCGAGUUUCACAUAUACCACUGAGAACCAAUUACGUGACUGCGUCACGGAAGGAAAGAAAUGGACCCAAGGCUUGACAUGGACGAGACCCCGAAUCAGCAGCAAUACAUUUGAAGUCAAGAUUGAAGUACAUGUGAGCUAUAUCGACGAAGACGCACCUCCGGUCUGCUUCCAGAAGUACACCGAGACACUCGAAAUCAGAAUGCCGUACAAGCUUUCGUUCAACAGAAAUUUGCCCAAGAACUUGCGAAAGUAUGAGAAGAUAUUCAUCAGUCGCGAAACGCCGGAGUUGUACUGGUAG